AUGAAGAACAAGGGUGCCAAGCAGAAGCUGAAACGAAAGGGAGCCACCGGCGCUUUCGGCUGCGACCUGACGGAGUAUCUGGAAAGCUCGGGACAAGAUGUUCCAUAUGUACUGAAGAGCUGUGCAGAAUUUAUAGAGACUCAUGGCAUUGUGGAUGGAAUUUACCGGCUUUCGGGAGUCACCUCAAACAUACAACGGCUACGGCAAGAGUUUGGCUCAGAUCAAUGUCCAGAUCUGACAAGGGAAGUGUACCUCCAGGACAUCCACUGUGUGGGCUCACUCUGUAAGCUCUACUUCAGGGAGCUGCCCAACCCCCUCCUGACGUAUGAGCUCUAUGAGAAAUUCACGGAGGCCGUGUCCCAUCGCCCAGAAGAAGGCCAGCUGGCCCGAAUCCAAAAUGUUGUCCAGCAGCUUCCCCCGUCCCACUAUAGGACCUUGGAAUACCUGAUUCGACACCUGGCCCACAUCGCCUCCUUCAGCAGCAAGACCAACAUGCACGCCAGGAACCUGGCCCUGGUGUGGGCGCCAAACCUCCUCAGGUCCAAAGAAAUCGAAGCCACUGGUUGCAAUGGAGAUGCAGCCUUCCUUGCUGUCCGGGUCCAGCAGGUGGUGAUUGAGUUCAUAUUGAAUCAUGUGGAUCAAAUCUUUAACAAUGGUGCACCUGGGCCUCUGGAGAACGAAGAAAACUGGCCCAUCGUGAAGAGCCUGACCUUGCCAGCCCUCUCCUUGCCCAUGAAGCUGGUGAGCCUGGAGGAAGCCCAGGCCCGGAGCCUGGCUACUAACCAUCCUGCCCGGAAGGAAAGGAGGGAGAACAGCCUGCCCGAGAUCGUGCCUCCCAUGGGCACCCUCUUCCACACCGUCCUGGAGUUACCAGACAACAAAAGAAAGCUCUCCAGUAAAUCAAAGAAGUGGAAAUCAAUAUUUAAUCUGGGACGCUCUGGAUCAGACUCCAAGUCCAAGCUGAGUAGAAAUGGGAGCGUGUUUGUGAGAGGACAGAGGCUCUCAGUGGAAAAAGCUACGAUCCGGCCAGCCAAAAGCAUGGACUCACUGUGCUCAGUGCCCGUGGAAGGGAAAGACACCAAAGGCAAUUUCAAUCUAUCAGUCGCCACUGGUGGAUUUUUCAUUCCAGCCGCGAAAAUGCAUGCGACCAGCAUUGGCAGCUCCUGUGACCUCACCAAGCAAGAGGGUGAUUGGGGCCCGGAGGGGAUGCCGGCAGGGGCCGAGGGGGGCUGCGACCUGAGCAGUGACCGAAGCCAACCCCAGGGUGCUCAGGCCCGGCCCCCGCCGGAGCAGCUGAAGGUGUUCCGGCCCAUCGAGGAUCCCGAGAGCGAGCAGACAGCCCCGAAGAUGCUGGGCAUGUUCUACACCUCGAGCGACAGCCCCAGCAAGUCUGUCUUCACCAGCAGCCUCUUCCAGAUGGAGCCUUCCCCCCGGCACCAGCGCAAGGCGCUCAACAUCUCAGAGCCCUUUGCCGUGUCCGUGCCGCUCCACGUGUCCGCGGUCAUCAGCACCAACAGCACCCCGUGCAGGACACCCCCAAAGGAGCUGCAGUCUCUCUCCAGCCUGGAAGAGUUUUCUCUCCAGGGGUUGGAGAGCGGAGGCUGUCCUGAAGAGAAGCCCUCGGGAGCUGAGGCUUCUGCAGCUUCGGUACCUAAGAAGGUGGCUCUGGAGGAUGCCAAGCCAGGCCCAGGAGCAGCGAGGACAGUGGAAUGCAGCAAAGGCCUUUCUGUGGAGCUAGGAGCCCAACAGGAGAAGAAAACCUCGGAAACCCCCCCGAGCCGUCAACAUUCAAGUGAAUCAGAGAAGAGGCUGGAUCCAGAGAAUGUGGUGGAGGAGGCGCCAGAGGCUGGCCAGGUGGAGCCCAGUGCUCCACAGGAGGGCCCCAUGGCCAGGGCAGAAGUGGUGUUUCUGCAGGAGACGGAAGAAGAUGAUCUGACUAGCACCCUGAUCUGGCCCGAGAUUCAACAGGAGCUAAAAAUCAUUGAAUCUGAGGAGGAGCUGCCCUCGUUGCCACCACCUGUUCUGAAGGCCACCCCAACUCAGCCUGUUCUUGAGUCAAGUCCAAAGCCUUUUGCUACCCCAGAGCCUCCUGGGAGCUCGCCUUGUGUCUCCACCGCAGCUCCAGUCUCUGCCCCUCUGGAGGAGCGGGCUAGGGAUCCAGCCAAACAGAGCACCGAGGGGACUCCCACAGCAGCCAACAGAGAGAAGCCAGAGACAGUCAGCCGCCCCCACAGACCUGAGACUGAGAAGGCUCCGCGCCCAGACCCCACCAGCCUGGCUCCUCUGGAAAUCGUUCCGGGUGAGACGGCAUCUCCACCAGCAAAGGUGGAGGUGGGAGGCCCAGGGAACCGGUCUCCUCUGAUCCCACCUGCCCCACCCCCUCCAACGCCUCUGGAGGAGGCACCUCGAGUCCCGCGACAGCAGGACGGCCCUGAGAGGGAAGACUCCUCCAAGAAUCCGAGGACAAAUCCACACGUAGACCAGCCGAAGGCCCAAGGCAGUUCUGUGAUCCCCAGUCCUUGUCAGGGAGACAAGGCCCCUCCAGAACAAAGUGAGAAGCUGAAGUCAAAGAAUGCUGCUUCCGGUGGAAAAGGCGCUGGUUUUCCAAGCCCAACGAGGGAGGGUGAGCCCUCCCCGCCCUCCCCGCCCGGCGAGGGGGACACCGCCCAUUCAACACAGGAGCCCUCAGACGGCGACGAUGACGACCCCGGGACGGAUGUGGCCCAGCACGGCCUCGAGAUGGUGGAGCCCUGGGAAGAGCCCCAGUGGGUGACGAGUCCCCUUCACUCCCCCACCCUGAAAAUCGGGCAGGAGGGCCUGGUGCAGGGCCUGCAGUGCCACCGGCUGGAAAAGAGGCUUUCCCACAGGCCUAGCCUUCGUCAGAGCCAUUCUCUAGACAGCAAACCCACAGCUGAGAGCCAGUGGGCUUUCCAAGGCCCCUCCUCCAGCAGCUGUGCCAGCCUUGAAGCUGAGGGGAAUUCAGACGCGCUGCAGCCCCCGCCGCCCAGGAGAGAGGUUAGUGGAUGGGAUGAGAAAGCCCUGAGGUCCUUCCGAGAGUUCUCUGGCCUGAAAGGGAUAGAGGCCCUUCCCAGUCAGAAGAGACCAGGUGGUGUGCAUCCCAAACCAGCAGAAACCAGCCCUGUCAGCCGCGCAGAGGGAAAGGAGCUGGAGACACACCUGGGACGCAGCAGCCCUCCGACUGAGCAAGGUAGUGUGCCCGGACCAGAGAGCGGCAUGGAGCACUCACCGCGUGUGCAGGACAGCACCCCGCACGGAGAGCAUCCCCCAAAGUUACAGCUGAAGAGCACUGAGUGCGGGCCCCCGAAGGGGAAAAAUAGGCCUUCUUCCCUGAACUUGGACUCUGCCAUUCCCAUCACUGACCUCUUCCGGUUUGAAAAUGUGGCCUCAUUUGCUUCACCUGGAAUGCAGCUCUCUGAGCCAGAAGACCCAAAGGUCACGUGGAUGACCUCAUCUCACUGUAAAAUAGACCCCUGGAGGGUUGACUCCCAGGACUCUCAGGACCUGGACAUUGUUGCUCACGCCCUGACCGGCCGCCGUAACUCAGCUCCCGUCAGUGUGUCGGCUGUGAGGACCUCCUUCAUGGUCAAAAUGUGCCAGGCCAGGGCGGUCCCAGUCAUCCCUCCCAAGCUUCAGUACACAGAGAUCCCACAGCCCCUGCCCUCGCAGAGCCCAGCGGAAGGCGGGGCUCAGCCUCUGGAGAAGAACCCAGAAGAACCUAGAUCCAUUGAUGUGACCUCUGUGAAACCCGCCAAAGGUGAUUCUCCCUCGUCCUUGGAAAGCCCCAAGGAAGAGAAACCAAAGCAAGACACAGGAGCCAAGGAGUCCUUGUCCAUGGAUGCCACCGCAUCCCGCACAUGUGAAGGACCCAGCCUUUCUCCAGAACCAGGUUUGGCUAACCUGCUCUCCACCCAGGAUUCAGUAGUACAAUGCAGAAAGCGCACAUCAGAGACAGAGCCAUCUGGGGACAACCUUCUUUCUUCAAAAAUUGAGCGGCCAUCAGGGGGCUCUAAGCCUUUCCACAGGUCAAGGCCAGGGAGACCCCAGAGCCUAAUCUUAUUCAGCCCUCCUUUCCCCAUCAUGGACCAUCCGCCUCCCUCUUCCUCAGUGACAGAUUCCAAGGUCCUGCUGUCCCCUAUCCGAAGCCCCACCCAGACAGUUUCCCCAGGCCUUCUGUGUGGGGAAUUGGCAGAAAACACAUGGGUCACACCUGAAGGGGUCACGCUCAGGAAUAAAAUGACCAUUCCUAGGAACGGCCAGAGACUAGAGACCUCAACCAGCUGUUUUUACCAGCCCCAGCGGAGAUCUGUGAUUCUGGAUGGAAGAAGUGGGAGGCAGAUAGAAUGA